AUGAAUAAAACGAUUAAAAGUGGAGUGCGAGAGAUGUUGUUUCGCAUGAUUCCUAAGUUUGAAGAAAAACAACAGGAGAAAGAAGCCCUAUUUAACCAGAAACAAGAUUGUUUACGUGUGGUUUUGGAUUUCAUAAAAAAUCUGAAGAAUGUAGCAGGGGUUGAUGAUAUAGUGAAAACUAUUGAAAAACUUACAGCUUUAGAGCAGAAAGACAGGAUAAGAACCCAGAACCAGUAUUUGGAUGAAAUAGCUUCAAUGACUGAAGUGAGUAUUGCAACUUUAAAAAGAAGAAAAAAGGAAGGUGUGGUAAAUGAAGGUGUCUGGAAUACCCCAGGAAAAAAACGGCCACAUAAGCCCACAGUAUCUAACCUAGACAGUUUCGAUAAAGAUGCUAUUCGUAACAAAAUUAACGAAUAUUACAUUGUUAGAAAACAAGUUCCUACGUUGAGAACUCUGUUAGUGGAGUUAAAGGAAAGCAUUGGAUUUACUGGAUGCCGGAAAACACUUCGCCACUUAUUAUUGUCCAAUGGCUAUGAAUUUAAGAGAAAUAAAAAUGAGCGUUCAUUGUUAAUUGAGCGUUAUGACAUAGCUGCCUGGAGACAUCGGUUUUUAAGAACCAUUGCAUUGAAACGUAGAGAAAGAAAGUCAAUCAUUUAUUUAGAUGAGACCAAUAUUCAUAAAAGCUACAAGCCCAAGAAGUCUUGGCAAGGUCCAUCUACAAGUGGUGCGAUUGAAAAUGUUUCAUCAGGGAAAAGGUAUAUAAUUGUACAUGCUGGAUCAGAGAAAGGCCCUGUGCCUAACUCAUUAUUAAUAUUUAGCACUAAAUCUAAAAUGGCAGAUUACCAUCAUGACAUAGAUGCCGUUAACUUUAAUAAAUGGCUAAGAGAAAAGCUCAUACCCAAUUUAAAUGAACCAAGAGUAAUGGAUAAUCCCACAGAACCAAUAUAUGAAGCUGAUGAACUUCUGAAGCAGAAUGGGUAUGAGGUAUUGCGACUUCCCCCGUACUACUGCGAUCUAAAUGCCAUUGAGCUGGUAUGGAGUUUGGCUAAACGUAAAGUGGCAAGUAUAAAUAUUGCCCUGCCUGCUGUGGAGUUAGAUAAACUUAUUAAAGAGUCUUUUGAAAGCAUAACUCCACAGGAAUGGAAAAAAAAUACUGAUCAUAUAAUUCACAUCGAAAAUAAAUAUAAAGAAAGAGACAGAAUAUUAGAAAAUAAUUUAGAAAGUUUCAUUAUUAAUAUUGGAGAUAUUGAUUCUAGUGGGUCUAAUGAAUCUUUCCACAUGGAAAUGCUAGAUUCAGAUUAUGAUAGCGAA